AUGAAUGGCGGAGCCACGCGCGCCAUGAGGAACCUGCCGAGCCUGGGCGGCCUCGCCCUGUUGUGCUGCGCCGCUGCCGCCGCCGCCGCCGCCGCGGUCUCGGCUUCGGCGGGGAAUGUCACCGGUGGCGAAGGCGCCGCGGGGCAGGUGGAUGCGUCGACGGGCCCAGGGUUAUGGAGCGAGCACAGUCACAUCUUCUCUAAGGCCACGGCUUCCACGGCCCAGGCCCCGAGGACCGGAUCCCCGCGCACUACCGUCCACAGAUCCCUGGCUACGACCUCUUCAGCCCGGUCUCCAGAGACCACCCCUCGGGCGACGGCCGAAUCUGCUCCGACCACCUUCCAGGAGCCUCUUGGCCCGUCGCCGACCACCCUGGAGGAGGUGGAACCCAGUCCGACCAACCCUCGGACGACUCCGAGACCCGUGCCGACCACCCUCUGGGCGACCACUGGCCCGGCGCCGACCACCCCUGUAGCGACUACUGUUCCGGCGCCCACCACGACCCCGACCCUCUUUCUCCGCGACAGCAGCAGCGUCCCGCCCACCCCACCUGCCACCGAGGUCCCUUCUCCGCCCCCAGAAUAUGUAUGUAACUGCUCUAGGGUUGGAAGCCUGGAUGUGAAUCGCUGCAAUCAGAGCACAGGGCAGUGUGAGUGUCAACCAGGUUAUCAGGGACUCCACUGUGAAACCUGCAAGGGUGGCUUUUACCUGAAUCACACUUCUGGCUCUGGGCUGUGUCUACCAUGUGACUGUAGUCCAGAUGGAGCCCUCAGCAUACUGUGCAACAGUUCUGGGAAAUGCCAGUGCAAAGUGGGUGUCACUGGCUCUACAUGUAACCAGUGCCAAGAUGGAUAUCAUGGCUUCAGUGAGAGUGGCUGCCUGCCCUGCCGAUGCAAUAACCAUUCUGCCAGUUGUGAUGACCUCACAGGUGUUUGUUUAAACUGCCAGGGAAAUAGCAAAGGGGAUCACUGUGAAGAAUGUAAAGAAGGAUUUUAUCAGAGCCCUAAUGCCACUAGAGAAUGUCUUCGCUGCCCUUGUUCAGCAGUGACAUCCACAGGCACUUGCUUCUUAAAAUUGGGUGAAUUGGAACCUAAAUGUGUCCAAUGUAAAGAUGGCUACACGGGCCAGAACUGCAAUAAAUGUGAAAAUGGCUAUUACAAUUCUGACAGCAUCUGUGUAAAGUGCCAAUGUCAUGGCCAUGUGGACCCAGUUAAAACCCCAAAGAUUUGCAAGCCUGAGAGUGGUGAAUGCAUUAACUGUCUCCAUAACACAACUGGGUUUUGGUGUGAGAACUGCCUAGAAGGUUAUGUUCCAGACCUCGAGGGAAAUUGCAUCAAGAAAGAAGUUAUUGUUCCAACACCUGAAGGUUCAACCAUUUUGGUUUCCAAUGCCUCUUUGACCACAUCAGUGCCCACCCCUGUUAUAAAUAGUACAGUUGCCCCCACCACCCUGCAGACUAUCUUUUCAGUAAGCUCUUCUGAAAACAGUACUUCAGCUUUAGCUGAUGUAUCAUGGACCCAGUUUAACAUCAUCAUUUUGACAGUCAUCAUCAUUGUGGUGGUGCUGCUGAUGGGAUUUGUGGGGGCUGUCUAUAUGUACCGGGAGUACCAAAACCGGAAAUUGAAUGCCCCCUUUUGGACCAUCGAGCUGAAAGAAGACAAUAUCAGUUUCAGCAGCUACCAUGACAGCAUUCCCAAUGCAGAUGUGUCAGGAUUGUUGGAAGAUGAUGGCAAUGAAGUGGCUCCCAAUGGACAACUGACCCUGACAACACCCAUGCAUAACUACAAAGCCUAG